CAAACCUUAUUUUCUUUAUGUCAUAGCAGGUCCAUCAACUUGCUGCUGCAACGCUGCUGCUGGUGAUGACAGGACGGACAAAAAUGAAUAAGAGCAUACUUGAGGUCCUCUGUGGCCCAUAUGAGCAUAGAGGGCUGAGAGAGCCAGAUCUGUGAUGGUGAUGUUAUUAACGACUCCGCCCGCAGGAAGGCACCUCACUAACUGCUGAUUCAAGCCACACUUUUACAGGUUGCAAAAUGUGAGGCACUCAGCAACGCAAAACGCAAUGGAGAUGUCAGCAGCUGCAGGACACCGUCAGCGCUCGGUGAAGAGGAGGAGGUGGGGGGGUUUGAGGCAGCAGUGGAUGCUUCUGGGCUUGUUUGAGAUCGAUCAGCAGCACGAGUUCUACGGACUGACCUGCAUGAUGAAGGAGGGAUUGGCAGCAGCCACCCAAAACACCAUCGACAAUCCACCUGCAAAUGAGCUGCCAGAUGAUGACUUCAGAUUAAAGGUCACUCAGAUUCAUAAGGAUUUUACAAUGGAGACGUUUGCAGGCCCGGUGUUUUCCAGACUGCGUGGCACUUUGGGAAUGACAGAGCAGGAAUAUCAGCAGGCUCUCUGCUCCGAAAACUGCUACCUCCAGUUCAUUAGCAACUCCAAGAGCAAGGCCGACUUCUUCCUGACGAAUGAUAAGCGCUUCUUUUUGAAGACCCAGAACAAAAGGGAAAUCAAAUUUCUUCUGUCCAACUUGAAGAUCUACAUGGAACAUCUGAGGAAAUACCCCCAUUCGUUGCUGGUCAAGUUCCUAGGUGUUCACAGGAUCAAAAUCCCACACAGGCGGAAGAAAUACUUCAUUGUUAUGCAAAGCGUGUUUUAUCCUGAUGAUCGAAUCAAUGCCAGGUACGACAUUAAGGGCUGUGAGGUGAGCCGUUGGACGGAGCCUGCGCCAGAGGGAAGCCAGAUCAUCGUGGUUCUCAAAGACCUCAACUUUGAAGGCCAGUCCAUCACUCUGGACCAGCAGCGUCCCUGGCUCUUGCGGCAGGUGGAGAUCGACACACACUUCCUCCGGAGGCUCAACGUGUUGGACUACAGUCUCCUCGUGGCCCAUCAGCCCUUACACCACGACGAACGCCACCAGAGUCUCUCCUUCGCCACUCUAAUUAUGAGAACCAAAAAAUCCGUGAAUGCAGGCUCCAGCCCUGUCCACACAGGCACAGCUGCUGUGCCUGGGUCAGUCCCAGAAGAUGACUCCACCUUACUGUUGUGUAAUACAGAGAGCUGCAGUUUCAAGCAAUCAAAAGUAGAAGUUGCAUCAAGUGGUGGCACACCUCAAAUUUACACAGAGCAUCCAAGGCCAGGCAGUGACGCAGCUGCGUUGCCAGACUUCCAGGCCCAAAACCGACGAUUGCUGCCCAAUUUCAAGAAUCCUCUGCAUGUCAUCGAUGGGCCCGAGCAGCGCUACUUCAUCGGCAUCAUUGACAUUUUUACAGUUUACAGUUUUAAGAAGAGGCUGGAGCAUUUGUGGAAGAGGCUGAGGCAUCCAGGCCGAUCCUUCUCCACCGUCAGCCCACAGACUUACUGCCUCAGGCUCUGUCGCUGGGUACAGGACCACACUAAGUAGGCCCUGGAUGAGUGGUAGAGACUGAACCGCCCCCACCAACUCUCAAUGAGCAUGUCUAAACAACUCUAAAGUCGACGAGUCCACACACAUGCACACAUUAUGAAACAAGUUUACCUACAUGUGUUCCAUGGUUCCACUCCUUUUAUUUUUCCACAUGCUCAAAAUACAUCUAUGGCAUUAUGAGCACAGAGAAAUUUUUUAGAGAAAUUAUUAGGACAUUGAGACAAGACAAGUUUCAUUUGAACAUACAAAAAAUGAUUUUCUAUUUCCAAAAUGAAUUGGUGUGUUUUCUUUGCUGCAGCAGACAUAUAACAAAUAGUUCCUUUUGUAAAACAGCUAAAUAAACAAGACAAAUUACAAAUGCGUUUCGUUUCCAACUUUAAGAAUUUGGUUCCUGUUCUUCUCCAGUGACCAGUUAUCCUAAAUGAAAUCUGACAAAGACCUAAAUUAAGACUCCAAUUUUCCGCUUGGCUAAAAUUAUGAAAGCGUAUACGGUAGUUGGGAUGCUGAUAGAGCAAGCAAGCAAGCAAUUUAACCCUCAUGUUGUCCUUGGGUCAAAUUGACCCGUUUCCAGUUAAUUUUUUAUUUCUCUUUGUCACAAAAAAUGGGCCGUUGAAAUGAGACAUUAAAAACAUCAAAAACCUUUGGGGGAAAAAACACCAAAAAACGUCAAAAAUAAGCACCCAAAACAUUGGAAAAAGUGCCAAAAAUGUUGGAAAAAGUGAUACUCUAAUUGACCAUGGUUGACAAGAAGACAACACAAGGGAAAAUGAGUCAAAUUAAUAUUGUGAGUUUUUGUGGACAACAGAAAACCUGCAAUCAUAUUUAUUUUUUUAUGAGCACAGAAUCUAUUUUUGUUUGCUCAAAGUUUUCGCAAUGUGUCAUUGUGUGCUCAUACGGUACAUUUGAAACAAAUGGAAUUCCAUAGCUGGCAUAUUUUUCUGUCAGAGCAGGGGUUUUUCCAAAUACUGAUCCAAACAUGCCCGGUGUGAUGCAAUAUAAAGAGGGUAGGGAGCUCCUCGCUUUAAAAAAUAUUGCUUAUAAUGUGCCGUUGUAAAGAAAAUCUUAAAAAAACAACAUCAACUAGGCUUCAGCUACAUGCACGCUGUAUGUGUGCCUUCAUGUACUUUGGAACGCUAUUUAAUGGUCUUCAAGGGUUAUUCAAGGGUUAAUAUUGUACCUUCUUUCUUUGCAAGCAAAGAGUAUCCUGAAGAAAAAGGAUUGGCAGAACUGAUGUUCCAGAGGUUGUAGCAUCGUGACAAAGUCCUUUUAGUAUAUUUUAAUUUUUCCAGGCGUGUGCAAUGGAAAUAAUUACAAUGCUGCCUGGUAACAUGUAUUUUAUUGCCCAGAAAUCUUUCAGUUUAGUAUUUCUUGCUUUGACCUUCUGUGUGUUUAUUAUACAGUUCUAUUGGAUACAACUGCAAAAACCUCCAUCUUGAAUUUUUAUUAUUUGUCAUUUUGACAUGGUCUUAUGGUCAAACUUGGAUUCUCCCCUGAAAUUCAGCAGUGCCUCGGUAGAAUAUGUCACUUGGUGAGAAUUUACCUUUGGCCUAGAAAUGCUACGACGAAGACAACAACCUUAAUUAAAACAUUUCGUUUGCUU